AUGGGGCAGUUCAACACCGUCGACCCGAACAAUGCACUGUCCAUCAAGUGGGACCCGAAGAACCUCGAGAUACGCACCCAUUCGGUGGAGAAGACACUGGAGCCAUUGGUCAUGCAGGUAACAACACUGGUCACCACAAAGGGGCCCUCGAAGAAGAAAAAGGGACGCUCUAAACGGGCUCACGUUCUUGUGGCGGCAGUUGAGAAGGCCACUGCUAACUUUAUUGUUCGAGGUGAGGAGAUCGCCAUGGAAAAUCCGGACAUCAAAUCGGAGAUGCUCAGCGCCGUUGAGGAGGUUCGCAAGGCGGGCGAUCACAUGGGCAAGUCGUCUCGCGAGUUUGCCGAGGAUCCGUGCUCCUCCCUGAAGCGCGGCAACAUGGUCAAGGCAGCCCGUAACCUGCUGUCCGCAGUGACGCGACUGCUCAUUCUCGCCGACAUGGUCGACGUGCACCGGCUGAUGAAGUCACUGAAGGUGGUCGAGGACGACCUGCAGAAGGUGAAGAACGCCUCCAGUCAGUCGGAGUUGGUGGAGUCGUUUCGAAACUUUGGCCGAAACACCGUCGAGCUGAUCAACCAGGCGGCCCGCCGGCAGGCCGAGCUGAAGGACCCGAAGCUGCGCGACGACCUGGCGGCGGCGCGCGCCGUUCUCAAGAAGAACUGCAUGAUGCUGCUCACCGCCUCCAAGGUCUACGUCCGCCACCCGGAGAUCUCGGCGGCGAAGGAGAACCGCGACUACAUCUUCCGGCAGGUGUGCGAGGCCGUGAACGCCAUCAGCGACGUCGCCCAGGGCCGCUCCAACAACAAGAUCGCACACGCCAUCUACGAAGGCCCCGGGGAGCUGGCCUCGGCGCUGGACGAGUUCGACGACAGCAUCUUCAUGGACCCGCUGGCGUACAAUGAGGUGCGCACGCGGCCGUCGCUGGAGAAGCGCCUGGAGAGCAUCAUCAGCGGCGCCGCCCUCAUGGCCGACUCCUCCUGCACGCGCGACGAGCGCCGGGAGCGCAUCGUGGCAGAGUGCAACGCCGUCCGCCAGGCGCUGCAGGACCUGCUCUCCGAGUACAUGGCCAACACCGGGCGGAAGGAGCCCUCCGAGUCGCUGAGCAAGGCCAUCGACUACAUGACGCAGAAGACGAAGGACCUAAGGCGGCAGCUGCGCAAGGCGGUCAUCGACCACGUCUCCGACUCCUUCCUCGACACCAAUGUGCCGCUGCUGGUGCUGAUCGAGGCGGCGAAGAGUGGUCGCGUGGAGGACGUCGAGGAGCUGGCGCAGGUCUUCCAGGAGCACGCCAACAAGCUGGUGGAGGUGGCCAACCUCGCCUGCAGCAUGUCCAACAACGACGACGGCGUCAAGAUGGUCCGCUACGCCGCCAGUCAAAUUGAGAAGAUCUGUCCGCAGGUGAUCAACGCGGCGCGCAUUCUCGCCGCCCGGCCCAAGUCAAAGGUGGCCCAGGAGAACAUGGACUCAUUUCGCGAGUCCUGGGACAACCACGUGCGCACGCUGACGGAGGCGGUCGAUGACAUCACCACAAUCGACGACUUCCUCGCCGUCUCUGAGAACCACAUUCUGGAGGACGUCAACAAGUGUGUGCUCGCCCUGCAGGAGGGCGACGCUGACACGCUGGACCGCACUGCGGGCGCCAUUCGCGGCCGCUCUGCCCGGGUGAGCAACGUCGUCUCCGCGGAGAUGGACAACUACGAGCCGGGCGUCUACACUGAACGGGUUCUGGAGGCAGUGACCUGCCUGCGCGAGCAGAUCAUGACCAACUUUGCCGAGCGCGUGGAGAUGGCCGUCGAGGCGCUGAACAGCUCAUCGAAGGGGGACGUCAACGAGAAUGAGUUCAUCGAGGCCUCUCGACUGGUCUACGAUGGCGUCCGCGAGAUUCGACGAACCGUCCUGCUGAACCGAACGGUGGAAGAGCUGGACUCGGAAACGGAAAUCGAGUACGAGGACAAUACCUAUGAGACCAGGUCUAAGUCAAGCAUUCACACUGAUUUCGACGAGUACCCGGAGAUUCACGGCAUCAACAAUGCACGAGACGCCUAUCGACUCGUCUCCGAGGAGGAGAAGGAGAAGAUUGCCCAGCAAGUGGAGACCUUCCGCAAUGAGAAGAACAAGUUCGACAAGGAGGUGGCCAAGUGGGACGACACCGGCAAUGACAUUAUCGUCAUCGCCAAGCAGAUGUGCAUGAUCAUGAUGGAGAUGACUGACUUUACCCGUGGCAAGGGCCCCCUGAAGACGACCAUGGACGUGAUUAAUGCGGCGAAGAAGAUAUCCGAGUCAGGCACCAAGCUGGACAAGUUUGCCGGCCAAAUCGCCGACCAGUGUCCCGAGUCGAGCACCAAAAAGGACCUCAUUGCCUACCUGCAAAUGAUCAAUCUCUACUGUCACCAGCUGAACAUCACCUCCAAAGUGAAGGCUGAUGUGCAAAACAUUUCCGGCAACUUGAUUGUCUCGGGUCUUGACAGCGCUACGAGCUUAAUCCAGGCAGCUAAAAACCUAAUGAAUGCCGUCGUCCUGACAGUGAAAUCCUCCUAUGUCGCCUCUACCAAGUACCCACGCAUCAAUGGUCAACAAAACUUCCCGAUGUUCGUAUGGAAGAUGAAGGCCCCAGAGAAGAAGCCGCUGGUGCGUCGAGAGCGCCCCGAUGAGACUCGAGCCAAAGUGCGUCGAGGAUCGCAGAAGCGUCACAUUGCACCGAUCAAGGCACUUUCUGAAUUUCACAGCGACAAUGGCCGAGUUUGA